GUGAUGCGUACGCGGGGGGGGUGUGCAUAUAGCAAUUGUAAGAACCCCUCGAUAACGGCACAAACUGUUAAUCUUCACCGCUAGCGUCUUUUGAGCCUCGGCCAUCAUUCGUGGGGGAAACUUCACCCGCUAAAGUUAUAUUUGCGUGCCGUCACUGCCGAAAUCUAUACCCCGAGAUUCCACCUUCCCAUACAAUUUCUUAGCCGUACACCUAAACUGGGUACCAAAUGACGCCAAUUCCCAGGAUGGUUUCCCAAAAUGUUAAGCUUUUUACACCGAAACCUCUAGAGGCUUAUGGGUUUAGUUGUAGGCCGGGCGGCUAUGUAAGGACUCCAUCCCCCCGCUCUCUGGGCCAUAGUUGAUCCCAGCAUUCUCCUCAUGUUAUUUCCUCGGCCUCGUUCUAUUUAACGGACAUUUGCACAUAAAUAUACAUACGUCCAUGUCCGUAUACAUAUGUUCCAAUUGUAUAAUUUUCUCUGUGGCAGAACUUUCUCUGCUAGACUAACAAACAGUGUACUUUGAGAGCUCCUCCGGUAUCGCCAUUACCUCGGCGUGAUAUCUGACUGUUAUUAUGGUAGAUGAGCCAAGGUUAGGCAAGACACUCGAUGAGACCCAAGACGUAGAAAAGGUGCCUCUGGGCAUUGUCUCGGAAGCUGACCACAAUGGCGAAUGUGGUGCCGUCGAUAAUGGAGAGAAAGCAAAGAAAAGCGUGGAUGGCCUCUCCAUUUCCGCCCCCUCAACUAGCUCCAUAAGAGCGGACCGGGCUGGAGAAACCAAGGAGCAUACUCGAUCCAAAUCUCAGUCAGCUUCAGUACGGUCAAGGGCUGUGACCAUAAUUCCGCGGUCCAGGAGGAGGGGGUUGCUUGGGCGUCUCGCUCUUAUUCCCGAAGUAACAAAUCCUCCGGAAUAUGCGAGGAAAACGAAAUGGCUCAUAACACUUAUCGUGGCAUUGGCUGCUGCGGCUGCGCCCAUGGGGAGCGCUAUUCUCUUUCCUACUCUGCCGCAGUUGUCAGCAGAGCUCCAUGCCUCAUCCACGGUCACGAAUCUUUCAGUUGCUUUAUAUAUGCUUGCCAUGUCUAUAUUCCCGUUAUGGUGGUCUUCAUUUUCCGAGACGUUGGGUAGACGAACCAUAUAUCUUGUGUCAUUUACACUAUUUACUUUAUUCGCCAUUCUCUCUGCGAUCAGCACUUCGAUUAGUAUGCUAAUUGUCAUGAGAGUCUUAUCUGGCGGUGCUGCCGCAUCGGUCCAGGCCGUUGGUGCAGGCACCAUUGCAGACAUGUGGGAACCAAAGGAGAGGGGGAAGGCUAUGGGGAUUUUCUACCUUGGACCUCUCAUGGGCCCUCUGUUUGCACCCAUCAUCGGCGGAGCCCUUGGGCAGCGAUUUGGUUGGCGAAGCUCGCAAUGGUUUCUUGCCAUCUAUGGCGGUUGCCUGAUUUUGGUCCUCACUUUCUGUCUCCCGGAAACGCUCCAGAAGACCGUUCCUAUCGGCGAGCUUGCUUCCGGAAACCCAGAAACUAGUGAAGACGCCGUCAUGCCAGUUGCAUCACGCAUCACGACUCGCCAGUCGGUCAAGGACCAAACUGUCACCGUCGCCCGCGUUUUAAAGCGGUGCUUUAUCGACCCGCUCAUGAUUGUCACGUACCUGCGUUUCCCUGCUGUUGCGCUGACAGUCUACUAUGCGGCAAUCACCUUCGGCUGCCUCUACAUCCUCAAUAUAUCAGUCCAGGAAACGUUCUCGUCCGCACCAUAUGGGUUUAGUACCAUGAUUAUCGGCCUCAUGUACAUCCCUAACUCUUUAGGCUACGUCUGUGCGGCUCUCUUCGGCGGCCGCUGGUCCGAUAUCAUCAUGGCGCGUGAAGCCAAAGCUGCAGGCCGCUACGACACCGAAGGCCGGCUCAUUCUCCUCCCUGAAGACCGUAUGCGUGAGAAUGCGUACAUAGCGGCAGCCAUGUACCCGCUUGCAUUGGUUUUGUACGGCUGGAUCGUAUGCUAUGGGAAGCAUUGGAUAAUUGCUGCCGUAGCAAAUUUCUUUUUUGGCGUUGGCAGCAUGAUUAUUUUCAGCUGUGCCACGACCAUGCUGACAGAAUUCAUGCCGAAGAAGAGUAGUAACGGGGUUGCAUUGAAUAACUUCGUGCGGAAUAUAUUCAGUUGUGUGGGAGGCAUAGUGGCGAGUCCUCUCAUAGAUACCAUUGGGAAUGGUUGGUUAUUUACAGGCUUAGGUGUAUGGGCAUUGGGGAGCGGGUCAGUAGUAUGGGCGUUGCGACGUUUUGGGCCCAAGUGGAGAGAUGAGAUGGUGAAGAUACAAGGGUGAGAAGAGAGGCGUGAGGGAAAUUUGUAAAGCUCGGCGUCUGGGAUUUAUCAAACAUAUGGGGAAGUCUCAAUUUUGGGAAUUUGAAGCGGCUUGUUAAUAUAUUAUUGGCAGAACCGACAUGUCAUGUUAGAAAUGUUGGAAACCUUCCAAUUUACAAAUCAUUUUUCUCAACCAC